AGGCAUUACAAUAACACACAGUAUUUCAUAGCAUUACUAUCCGUUGUAUUUGUGACUCAUUUCACACUCAUAUUUAUAUACCAUUUGUUUGUUAUAUACUCGCCAUUCAUAUUCAAUUGACACGGAUUGUGAUCAUAGGAUAUAUAUCCCAUCAAACCUACCGUUCAUUCGCCCAUUGAUUACAUAAUAAAUAAGUCUUCAGGUGUUGAGCCAAACACACGACGAAGAGUUGAUCCGUUGUGCCGAUAAUAGCGUCGAUACCACUGUUUGACACGUGUUGUUGACCACUGGUUACCCCCACUGUCCGCCAAGUCGUGCCCCAAUCGGCGGUGUCUCUGAUGUUGAUAACGGAUCAUCGCAUCAAUAGGUUAUAUAAUUAUCAUAUAAAUAGCAACCAUUUGGUUGAUAAUCAUCGGAAGCAGUGAUGUUAGAAGAGAUCGAAAGUGCGGUCACUUUCCUGACGCGACUCAUCGCCAAAAGCAACGAGUCGUCGGAUGUGAUAACCCGGGAGACGAUAGACUCGUUUAGUCGAAAGUUAUGCCAAUUAUUAGAGGAGAAGUUCCGUAACCAUUGGUUCCCCGAGAAGCCGAUGAAGGGUCAGGCCUUCCGGUGCAUCCGCUUCAACGAGAACAGCCGUCGC